AUGUCCACCAAUGAAAGUACGAGCGAACAGAAACGCAGAUCGGUCGAAUCUGCAUCGGCAACAGAGCCGGUCGAGACUAUUGAAAGUAGCGAGGAUUCAACAAUAGACGUUGAUGAAAAAUUUGUUCGAGUUUUACAAUCAUCGCACAUGAUCAGUGAGUCCAUAAAGGAUGGAUGUCCUUCUAAAAAGCAGAAUAAGAUGAUCAAAGUGAUAAAAUCGAAGAUGGAUCAAUUGUACCGCGAUAUAAACACAUCGAAAGUCGUGAAUACCGAUAACGUUGUGUGUCUUGCACAAGCUUACUUACAUCUGUUUCGUAUAUACGCUAAUAGCAUAGAUGAUUCACAACUAAAUAUUGCUGAAUCCCACAUCAAUAAAUGUGUGAGUCUCUUAGAAGGAAAAGAAACGGAACGUAAAGUUAUUUUGACAGCUGUAGAUGUGUAUUAUUAUUUGAGUCAUUUCUACCGUAAGUUAAACAAGUAUGAAUCAUCUUUGAUAACUUCUACGAAGAUAUUGCAACUAUAUGUAACAUACACCACGGAUAAAGAGUACAUAUCUCCUAUUAAUGUUGUAUCUUCUUUUAUCUCGGACAAACAAGAAGAUUCUGAAUAUUUGCUGGAGCAAAAUUGUAUAAAAGUUUUACAAGACUUAUUAGCGGAGUCUGGAAGUCCAAAGGCAGAUAAAACAACUGGCCAUACAGUUAUCGAUAAAAUAGCUGUUAGUAAAUACAUGUUAUUAAAGAGAUUAGUGAAUAGAAUAUCACGUUUAGACUAUGUCAAGUGGGUUUCACACUUAAUGUCCUUAGCCGAUAUCCUGUUAAGAUUCGAACAUUUUACUGAAGCUAGAGAUCAUCUUGCUGCGGCUUCUUUUCUGAUGAAAGAGUACUAUCAGGAAGUAUACGCGAAAACGGACGAAAAAUAUCCGGAUAAAAAGAUUUCCCUUUUCGAAGUAUAUCAAAAAACAACAACUCAUAUUGAUAUGCACUGGGCAAAAUAUGGACUGAAACUAAUGCGAUCAUCGCACGAAAACUUACUGCGCAAUGUAGAAGAUAAACCGUGUACGAUAUGUAAGUUUGAACCGUCAUCUGUAAAAAAGUUCGAGGAAUGGCCCAAUGAAGCAUUCACUGACGUAAAAAUAUGUUUAAACGAAUUCUCUGCUGAGAUGGCAGGAGAGUACCUUACGAGUUAUACUGAUGCUAAAGCAGUUUUUGCAACUGUUCUGGCACAUCUUAAAAAAGCGUUACAGUAUAUUGUUCCUGAAUGUCAUCUCUCACAAUAUGUGGAGAUUAUGCAUGACACUGCCAACGCAUACAAAUAUUUAGCACGUUAUGAACAAGAUGCAAUUAAACAAGCGAAACUGCAUAAACGGCGAAUAUGUACUUUAAUGGACAUAAAUAUGUUAGAUAUAGAAACUGAUCAAAAUCUGUUCCAUCCGACUUGGUUUGAAAUUGCAAUUGCUCACUCUAAUGUUUUGGAUACAAAUACUGAGAAAUUUCGUUACAACAAUAAUAAAUUCAAUGAAGAAUUGUUAAAUGGUACAAUCGAAUCGGUGGAGAACAUUAUAGAAAAUUGGAGUUUAUAUCUAAAUCAUUUUUCGUAA